AUGGCUGGAAUGGAGCAUCAAACGCAUCGUCGACAAGAAGUGGUAAACAUUCUAGAUAUGUGCUACACAGUGUUUGACUGUGCAGCGUCACUGAUUAAUCGACAUCCCGAACUCAAAUCCGAGUUACAGCGAAGCGUUGGCAUAUCUAAGAUCUGCGCUGGUGACAGGGCUUCUGAGCUGAACACAACGUGCUGCCUCACUUCUCCGCAUUCAGAGGAUAAAGAAAAUCAAUUCGCGGUACAGCGUGUCCAGAUCACACCCGCACCACACAGUGCGUUCACACCCAUCCCAUCCGCAUUGCAUUUAAUAAACAGUAACACGGAGAUCGUUGCGGAAAAUUUAACGCACCAGCCCUCAACCGAUUCGCGUGAUAAUCUUCAUCAGAAACCGAUUCCUUCAUUGAACACAGAACACUCCGGCUCAUUACCGAAGACCUAUUGCUGCACUUCGUUCCCAUUGUUCUCUCCAACAAGCCAAUUGACUUCCACUCCCAUAUCAUCUGCUCGGAAUGCCAUUUUUGAGGCCACUUCCAGUCAGAGUGAAAUAGACUCUGGAAUAUGUAUGCGAUUCACAAACAAUAACAGAUGUUUCCUCACUCCGCAACUCGCAACCGAUUGCGAAUCCAAAUCAGAGAUAUGGCGACCUUAUUUAGACUGAUUAUACCCUGAGAUAUUUGUGCGAACCAUUGUGUACAUGAGCACUUGUGCCUGCAGUUUUAAUCCACCAGAUGUU